AGAGAGAGAGAGAGAGAGAGAGAGAGAGAGAGAUGGGAGGAGAGAAUUGGAGUCUGACGGCGAAACCGUGUGACUCAUGCAAAACGUUGCCGGCGACCCUGUUUUGUAGGGCGGACACCGCUUUCCUAUGCGUGGGUUGUGACUCGAAGAUUCACGCGGCGAACAAGUUGGCUUCGAGGCACGGCCGCGUGUGGAUGUGCGAGGUGUGCGAGCAGUCGCCGGCCACCGUCACUUGCAAAGCUGACGCGGCAUCGCUCUGCGUCACCUGUGACCGCGACAUACACUCCGCCAACCCCCUCGCCCGCCGCCACCAGCGCUUUCCGGUGGUUCCUUUCUACGACUCCGCCGCCGUCGUAAAGAACCAUCACGACAGCCACGGUGGCGAUGACGACGCCAGUGAAAAGUAUUUCUCCGAUGUCGACGGCGGAACUGAAGAGGCUGAGGCGGCCUCGUGGCUUUUGACGAAUCCAAAUCCGAAUAAAGUGAUUGAUGUGUUCGACGAAAUGGAUUCAUACUUGGAUUUGGAUUUGAUGUCAGGGGAUGGAAAACAACAGAUUCAGAAUCAUCAGCAAUAUAGUUGUGGGGCUGAUCGGGUGGUGCCUGUCCACGGCGAGGAUGGUCUGCGCCGCCCACAGGUGGAAGGUCCGGUGGUGGAUGGAUUUCCUACCUCUGAAGUAGACUACUCUGGAUCUAAGCCAUUUAUGUACAAUUUCACUUCUCAAUCCAUCAGUCAAAGCGUAUCUUCGUCUUCACUUGAUGUUGGUGUUGUGCCAGACCACAAUGCAAUGGCGGAUGUAUCCAAUUCAUUUGCAGUGAAAAACACUACAGACACCGUUCCAAACCCACUCUGUGGAAUGGACAGAGAAGCUAGAGUAAUGAGGUACAGAGAGAAAAGAAAGAACAGGAAGUUCGAGAAAACCAUUCGAUAUGCUUCAAGAAAGGCCUAUGCAGAGACCAGACCAAGAAUCAAAGGAAGGUUUGCCAAGCGUUCGGAAAUGGAUGUUGACUCAUUAAUCACAUCAGAUGCCUCAUAUGGCAUCGUUCCGACUUACUAAGCUUUUUUUAACUAAAAUUUGGUGGUUUUGCUGAUGUUGUUGUUAAUGCAGAUUCUCUGUAUAUGUACAUGUAGUAGGUGAUCUUGAUCUACAUUAGAUCGAUGGGGAACGAUUAAUUUUUGACCGUCGAUUUCGUUGAAGCUGUUUUUGCUUAUUGUCUAAUGUAAUGAAUUUUUUUUGUCCCUUUCUGUGAUCUUUCAAACCUAUGAAUGAUGGUAUGUAUGGUUCUACUAUUGAUUCUUUAUUGGCUUUGUGGAUGGUU